AUGGGCCACGUCCUUCGGAUGAGCAACAACAGGACAACUAAAAAAGUUAUACUAGGGCACUGGACAAACGAGAGAACACAACAGGGUAGGUUAAAUGGAGGCGUGGUUAAUUACUGGAGGCGACUCAUAAGGGAAGCGGGAGAGGACUGGACGAAUAUAGAAAAUUUAACACAGGACCGGAAAAAAUGGAAGGCGACAGUGAAAAGGAGAAAAGAAGCGCUAGAGAAAUGGGAGAGUGAAAUGUGCAGAUACAGGGGAGGGGAGAAACCUAGAAGGAGCCAGGCGAGGUAUCAGGGAGAAAACUUAACAUGCAGGUGGGAGGGAUGCGGACGAAUUUGUAAAACAAAAGGAGGUCUAGUGCAGCAUGAACGACGAGUUCACAGGAUACGGGAGAGGGUGUUUAAAUGCGACAGAUGCAACAGAACUUUCGCGGAGAAGCACAACUUAACAAACCACAGAAAGAGCUGUAAGGGGGACCAGAUGGGUAGGUGUGGGGACCGCGCGGUGACGGUAACAAGGGGUAAUAUGGCGAGUCAUAGGAGGAGUUGCGGAGGAGGGAGUGGAACGGUAGGGAACACGGCGGCAAGGGAGACGGGAGGUAACAGGUACACGGGGACCAGGGGGAGGAAAGAGUGUGGAUCCUGCGGAGCCUGGAUCACUGCUAAUAACCUAGCCAGACAUGAGAGGAAGUGCCAGAAAGAACCACCCAAGGCCCCCCGAGGGGCGUAA